AUGCACAUCCUCUGGGCGCAACUCCAGCGCCUCUGCAGGACCGGGGAGACGGAUUUCCUGGACCUCCUGCUGGCCGAGUCGGCCAGUCUUCUCAAGGAGUCGGCGGCCUUCUCCAGCCAUCAUGCUCUGGUCAGCGAGUCCGAGCACCCGCACGGAACGGAGGACUUUGUCAAGGAGUUUGCCAUCCCCGACGCCAUGGGCCUGGUCAUCACCUUCGAUCGACGCUGCAAGCUGUCCGACGCCGACUCUCUGACGAUCUAUCUCGACGAAAAGCGCACCAAGCCUCUGCGACGCUUCACCGGCACUUCGCUGUCCCAAUUCCACCCGGUGGUCAUCGCCAGCAAUCGCUUCUGGCUGCAGUUCCAGCGCCAGAGCGGGAUGCCCAACAACGAACCUCAGUGGGGCUAUCUGAUGAACGUGACUCCGACCAACGAGCUCCUCAACCUGGCGCUCUGGAUCAGCGAGUUCUUGGCCGAGGAGGCGGAUCCCGUCAGGAGCCACACGCCGACCAAUUACGAGCAUGACGACUACGAACCUAUGGCCCUGGAAGACGACGCCGAGCCGCCGCUCGGGGGCCUCUACAGCCGUCUUUACGUCCAGCUCACCCAAUACCUCAGGACCGCCAAGGUGCCCGAGGUGGUGAAGACGGUGGUGCUGCGCCUGCUCAAGCGCCUGCUCAUGCUGGCCAUCGACGACUUCCAGGCCCAGUGGAACAAGCACGGGCUGCGCAAGGGGAAGCGUAAGAUCACCGACAAGGAGGACGGCGGCGAGGCCGAGGCCACGGGCGGCCAACAACAGCAGCAGCCUACGGCGGGGAGCCCCCGCAAGAGCGCGGAGGAGGCCCAGGCCAAGCGCCGGGGCCGGGAGGGCCUGAAGCGCGACCUGCAGCGAUUCGCGCAGGCCACCGCGGUGCUCGAGGACGAGCUCUUCUGUCUGCUGUGCGAGGUCGACCUCCUGCAUUCGCCCUACCUCCAGAACCUGGCCGAGCUCAUCGUCCUCAAGCGGAAGAUGGCCCUGCUCGCCACCGCGAGCGUCGAGGAGAACAUCGCCCUCGACGCCCUCUCCUUCUACCCCGCCUCUCUCGACGACGUGCCGGACUCGUUCCCGGCCUCGCUGACGCUUUCGGCGAGCGAGUCGGUGAUGACGCAGUCGGCGGUGAGCGAGGGCAUCCGCAACUUCAACGCCAUGGCGGCGCUCGACGAGGUCCUCGGGUGCUUCUUCAGCGACAAGGACUUCCCGCGCGCCUUCCUGGCCGAGUCCCGGUGGAACCCGCGCUCGCUCUUCCUCGGCAAGCACGCCCAACUCAGCUCCGUACGCGACUACUCACCACUUGCCCCUCCACUCCCUCUGAUCUCUGCACGAAGUUGUGCUCAUUUUUAUUAUUAUUAUUGUUCUAUUCUAUUUUCUUCUUGGUUGUGCAGCUGA